AUUUGCAUUACCUUCCACUCUUAUUUAUUUCACCCCCUCAAAAAAAUUUAAAGAAUGUCCAAUAGCACGGCUGCAAGAGCCGAGAUCAAGUCCAAGGACGGACGUCAUUUCGUCUUUGAUCGAUGCACUCAUCAACAGGCCGUCGAUACCUUUUAUGGAUGGUCCCGUCAAGAACAAUGGAACCCCGGUGCCAAGGGUGAGGAGAUCAGGCAUGUCUUUUACCGUGCAGAUCCUCAAGGAUUCUUCUUUGGGAAGCUCACGUCGAAACCAAGACCAAAAAGAGACUCGGAUUCUUCAUCUGAUUCUUCAUCCGACUCCGACUCUCAGAACACCGAUCCAUCAUCUCAUUCUUCCUCGGUAGCUGACGACAAUGAUGGUGAUGAUGAGAUCGUCUCGAUUGUGAGCUCUGUCCGUUAUGGAGACGAUCAAGCUUGGAUUGGGUACUAUAUUGUCUCACCUAAAUACCGUGGCCAAGGAUUAGGACUCGAAGGAUUCCAUAAAGCUCUUGAGCAUGCAGGUCAUGGAUCGCAUGUAGGGCUCGACGGUGUGAUGGCUCAAGUGGAAAAUUACAAGAAGUCAGGAUUUAUCCACAUUAGUUGGCAGAAUGAACGUCGUCAAGGAUUCGCCAAGGACUUGACUGAGAAUCAUGAACGCGACUUGGCCGAUCAAAUCCGUCGAAGCGAAAUUCCUGGCUUAGUGGACUUGUCGGAUGAUCAAGUCGAUUUGGAGCAACUCUGCGAGUUGGAAGAGAAAUACACAGGAUUGAAACGCCCGCAGUUUGUGAAGGAUUGGGUCAAGUUUCAUACCAAUCAUGCAGACAAACAUCGAUUUGGGGCUGCGGUUUUGUCUACGGAUCAAAAGAAGGAGAAUGGAAAGCCUGUUGUGUUGGGAUAUGCCUGUUUACGUCCUGCAGAGACUUCCUACAGACUAGGGCCCUUGUAUGCUGCCAAUAUCGAGGCUGCGAAACAAUUGUUGGUCAAGUUGGCUGUGGAAGUGGAGUUGGCAGAUGCAGAUCAACAGAAAUCGUCAACUCUUCCUGAUAGGCCACCUUUGCUUAUUGCAUUAGAUAUGCCCAAUUCGAACCAAGAAGCUGUCAAGUUCUUUGAUGGUAUUGGUUGGAAAGACACAUUCCCAUCCUUGAGGAUGUGGAGGGGCAAAAGGCCUGAGCAUGAUGUCAAUGGUGUCUUUGCUGUUUCUACCCUUGAGAUGGGAUAAAUCCAGCUUUUAUUUUUCAGUAGAAUGGAAUGUUUGAAAUCAAAAUAAAUAAAUAAAAUGAUGAAUUAUAUAC